AUGGCGGUUCACAACAGGACCCUAUAUUAUGCUGCAUGCCUGAAUGAAACCACCGGCGAAUUGCUUCUUUGUAAAUUCAACUUGGCUGCAGAGACCACCCAAGCGGCCCGCAAUGCUCUCGAUUUGCUUAACCAACUUCCAAACCCUUAUUCGGAAACUGGUGGCACCUACACCAACAUUUUCUUCCAGCAGCAAUGGGAUGAUGAACGCGCCUACCACCUUGAAACAACUCAAUCAUAUCAAGAGAAGCAGAAGAAAGAACUUGGGCAUCUUCUAUGUUUAGAAGAGCAGCUAGAGGCAGAAUGGUCCUGGGAAGGAUUGUCGGCAGCCCAAGGAAUAGCCCGAGCCAAUAUAGCAUCUCGGCUCUCAGACCAAAUCCUUGAACAGCGAACAAAAGUCGGCGACCCUACUAUCCUUGAAAACUUGACUGGAACCAAUGGGCAGCAGAAAUUAAUCAAAUCUGUUCGGAAACAAGCCAAGGCACUUCACAAGGUUUUAAAUAAAUACACCAAGCAGGUCCACACCUUCAUUCGCCUCUUUCCUGACCGUACACACCCAAGACCGUUGGAGUAUGAUGAGCUAUUGAACCUCAAAUCCGAAGACCCGUUUUGGAACAAUGGACUAUUUACGAAUGAAAAUCAGCCGUGGGCAGUUGACCCAACUACCCAGAAGGGAAUCCGACACUUAGCAGCACUCAGACGAGGAGAGGAAGAACAAAGGCGUCUGGGAUGGGAGGUCCGUCGAGCUAUGCGAUGGGCACUGGGAAGACAUGACAAACUGUCACAGUUGAUUGAACAGAUGACUACAAACUCUGGUGAUAACCAUGACUGGACCACAUUGGCCGCACAUCCCAUCCUUAGUACGCUGGUGGCCCAUCCUAUUCUUCAAUCGCUCCCUACUACAAAUAAGAUUAGAGUGGCAAGAUCAUUGCUGCAAUCUGAGCUGGUCAAGAUUUUUAAAUUUCAAACUACACUGAAUCAAACACAAAGUGAAAAUGAAACCGGUGAAAACACAGAUUUGCAGACCAAUAACCCUGAAGCAUUGCCGCCAAAUUCUGAAGCAGAUGAGGAUGAAGUAGAUGAUAAAGGUCAUCUGCAAGAUAUUUCUAUUAUAGUUAAUGAGACAAUGAUGCAGCAACUUGAGAAUGAAACUGAAGAUGUUUACAAUACUGGAGAUCUAAUUGAGUUAGAAUAA